CAGAAUUGGUAAAUUAAAAAAUAAAUCAGAUGAUUUUAUGUGGGGAGGGAGGCAUUAGAUGCUUUAAGUAAUGGAUUAUGAAACUGACCGUCCCCUUACGUUGUCAUUGUUCUUGUUCUUGUUUUGGUUUGCGGCUUUUUAUUUUUCUUUCAAAAUAAUUAUUAUCAUUUUCGACGACGCAUACGAUGAAAAGGAAAAAUUAAUUACCAGAAUAAAUUAAUUUAAUACGACAACAAUAGUCUUCUCUUUUACUGCUUUCCUUUGGUCUUCGCUUUCUCCAAAACAGGAAAAGAAAAAAAACUGAAGCUUUUUUACCUUUGAGCACAGAGCUUUUUUUUUUCUUUAUAUGGCGGCCGCUUAAAGCCCUCUCUGUUUUCUUUCUGUCUUUGCUGAUUUUGGGUUUUUUUCCCUGUUUCUUAAUUCAUCGUUUCCUAAAGUUAAAAGGCGAAAAACACAUAGUUAGCUUUGUUGCGGUUCAAAUCGUUCUUUGAAGUUGGAAAGCUUUAAGGAUGUCUAAGAUUGAAGAUUCUGGUAGCCCCGGUUGGAGUGCAUCUUUGUUCAUGCAGACAAAGGAGGAUGUUGCAAGAGCAGUUGCUGCAGCUGCAACUACUGUUCGUUCUCCCCGACCAUCUGCUGUGUAUUCAUCAAAAGAUGAAAAUGGUGGUAGCCAAUUUCAGAAGCUACAGCGUCAUUUUUCUAGAGUGUUAAAAGGCUUCUCGCAACCCCCUGAAGUGAGAAGUGGAACUUACAAUCCGGAAGUUCUGACUAGCCAAAAGCGUCAAUGGGCAAACUUUCAGUUGCAAUACUUGUCAAGUGUGCAGGAUCAUAGAUCUUUGAAGGAACCAUUGAGGCUUUUCGAGAGCAUGGUUAUUGUUGGACUUCCUCCUAAUUGUGAUUUUCAGGCACUUCAAAGGCACUAUGUAACCAGAAAAUUUGAAGGUUCUGGAAAACUGCAAAGUGCUUUAAGUUAUCAGAAUAAUUCUCGUGUGGAACCAAACCUUGAACCCCAGGUCUUAUUUGUUUAUCCUCCAGAAAAGCAGCUGCCACUUAAAUACAAGGAUCUUCUUUCAUUUUGCUUCCCUGGAGGUGUAGAGGUUCAUGCUGUUGAGAGAACUCCUUCUAUGAGUGAGCUGAAUGAAAUUCUUCUUUCACAGGAACACCUAAAACAAAGUGACCUGUCAUUUGUAUUCAGAUUGCAGGUUGCUGAUGAUUCUACUUUGUAUGGAUGCUGUGUGUUAGUUGAAGAAAUAGUACAAAAGCCCUCUGGGUUGCUUUCCUUAAUUUCAGAUAGACAAACUGCCUGCCCAUCUAUGAGUCGUUAUGUGAUGACCACUCACAGAUGUUAUUGCAUUCUUUCGAGGCUUCCAUUCUUUGAGUUGCACUUUGGCGUGCUGAAUAGCAUAUUUGAUGAAGAAAGGUUGGAUCGGUUAACAAAAAGCAUUGGUGAUAUAGAUUUAGAAUUGUCAGAGAGUUAUAGCAGUGAAACAAACCUAGAUGAUGUGCCAACAGAUCAAGGAGCUCUAAAGGACUUACAGAACACAACGAUUGAAACCUCUGAGAUAGGUUCAGGAGAUUCUAAACCUGGAAUUACUGAUGAUGAGAAUAGCUUUGAGCAUGAAAUGCUUGAGAGGAACUUGGACUCAAAUAAAGCUUUUAAUAAUAAUAAUGUUAUUCCAAUUGAUCUGGAAACAGAGACAUUUGUGAGCAAAAAAGAAUCUAAUGGUGCAAAUCCUGAAGAUUGUGAUAUUGAUGUUGAUGAUUUCACAGCAAAUAAGCAAGCGGCAGAAAGACGCUUGCCAAAUGCUGUUUUGCCACUUCUGCGCUAUUACCAGUAUGAAAGCUCUGAAUCUUCUUGCAGUUUUCAAAGUUCUCCAUGUGAGGACAGGAAUUUGAGGAGUGAUGUUGAUGAUACAGAAACAGAAGAGACGUCUAUCUCUGGCCAGGAGGAUUCCAGUGAUCACCUUGAUAUCCUUGAAUGGGCUAAGGCAAACAAUCACGGAUCAUUGCAGAUACUAUGCGAAUAUUAUCAGUUACCUUGCCCUGCAAGGGGUGCAAAACUUAGGUUUCAUCCUUUGGAGCACCUUCAUCCACUGGGAUAUCAUAGACCUGAUGAAAAAGUUUUGAACAUUGCUGGCUCAACCAUUGAUUUGAGAUCUUGCAGUACAAGUCUUGAAUUUGCUGAGGCACACACUGCCCUUUUGGCAGAAGAGGAAGCAACUGCUCUAUCAACAUGGGCUGUUGCAUGCAUGUGUGGAUCUCUGCGGCUUGAACAUGUGUUAACAAUCUUUGCUGGAGCAUUGCUGGAGAAACAGAUUGUGGUUAUUUGUUCGAAUUUGGGAAUCUUAUCUGCUACAGUUUUGUCAAUUGUCCCUCUGAUCCGUCCGUACCAAUGGCAAAGCCUCUUGAUGCCUGUUUUGCCAGAUGAUAUGCUGGACUUUCUAGACGCCCCUGUUCCUUACAUAGUUGGUGUAAAGAACAAAACCAGUGAAGUACAGUCAAAGUUAGCCAAUGUCAUUCUGGUUGAUGCGAAUAAGAACCAGAUAAAGGCAUCUACAAUACCACAACUUCCAAAGCAUAGAGAGCUGUUUGCAUGCUUAAGUCCUUAUCAUGCAAAGCUUGUUGGGGAAAGUUAUUUGGGGAGGAAGAGACCUGUACAUGAGUGUACGGAUGUACAGAUUGAAGCUGCCAAAGGUUUUCUAUCAGUGUUAAGAUCAUACUUGGAUUCUCUUUGCUCUAACAUGCGGUCACACACAAUUACAAAUGUACAGUCCAACAAUGAUAAGGUAUCUUUGCUUUUAAAAGAGAGCUUCAUCGAUUCAUUCUCUAGUCGUGAUCGACCAUUUAUGAAGCUGUUUGUGGACACACAACUCUUCUCCGUACAUACGGAUCUUGUUCUCUCAUUUAUCCAGAAGGAAUAGGACCACAACCAUGAGGAUGGCCAGGAAUUUUUAGUGUUGUAACUUGAACGCAAGUUCAGCAAUGUAUAAUGACAAAUUAUAUUAUUGAUAUCGCCUAAAAAUGUUAUAGGUUUGUAAAAGUAUUUAUUUUUCCUACAUCGCGAUUCCCCUUUUUCUCUUGCUAUUUUCUACUUGGCAGCCUGAAAAUUAAUAAAAUAAUAAUUGAAUGAGAUA